AUGACAGGUACAGAGGAAGCGGUAAUCGGAUUGAAUUGGGGAUUGAACAUCAUGGAUCGACUAAAUUCUUCCCCACGGCUCAUGCUUGUUUCGGAUCUCGAUCACACAAUGGUUGAUCACCAUGACCCUGAGAAUAGUUCACUUUUUAGGUUCAAUGCGCUUUGGGAAGCUCAUUAUCGCCAAGAUUCUCUGCUGGUGUUCUCAACUGGGAGAUCACCUACACUCUACAAACAAUUGAGGAAAGAGAAGCCUAUGAUAACUCCUGAUAUAGCUAUUAUGUCUGUGGGGACUGAGAUUACUUAUGGGAAAUCAAUGGUGCCUGAUGAUGGAUGGGUUCAGUUUUUGAACUAUAAAUGGGAUAAGAACAUAGUCAUUGAGGAAACAAGCAAGUUUCCUGAACUUAAGCAUCAGGCAGAAACAGAACAACGGCCGCACAAGGUCAGCUUUUAUGUUCAGAAAGACAAAGCUCAGAGUGUGACACAGGCUCUUUCUAAGGUUUUGGAAGGGCGUGGGUUGGAUGUUAAAAUAAUAUAUAGCGGAGGAAUUGAUUUGGAUGUAUUACCAAAAGGUGCUGGCAAAGGUCAAGCUCUUGCCUAUCUGCUCAAAAAGUUUGAGACUGAGGGAAAGCCACCACUUAACACUCUUGCUUGUGGCGAUUCUGGAAAUGAUGCCGAGCUGUUCAGCAUUCCAGGAGUUUAUGGAGUCAUGGUAAGCAAUGCCCAAGAGGAAUUGUUGCAGUGGCAUUCACAAAAUGCAAAAGAUAACCCCAAGAUUCUUCAUGCCUCAGAGCGCUGUGCAUCUGGGAUAAUACAAGCCAUAGGUCAUUUUAAGUUAGGCCCAAACCUGUCCCCGAGAGAUGUUUCAGACAUUGGACGAGAAGGUUCAUCUCCAGGUCUUGAAAUAGUGAACACUGGUUUGUUACUUGAAAAAUGGAGGCGUGCAGAAAUUGAGAACACCGAGCUGUUUAUUGCCGGUUUAAAGGCAACCGUUCUCCCGUCUGGUGUUUGUAUCCAUCCUUCUGGUGCUGACUAUAGUCUUGAGGAGUAUAUAAAUAUGUUUAGAAAGGUGUAUGGUGACCAACAGGGGAAACAGUUUAGGACUUGGGUUGAUGAUGUAUUGGCUACACAGUUAGGUUCAGAUGCAUGGCUAAUGAAGUUUAGAAAGUGGGAGUUAUGUGGUGAAGAGCGGAAAGGUUGUUACGUCACUUCAAUACUAAGCAAAAAGGAUUCGGAUUGGUUCACUUUGGUGCAUUUGCACCAGACCUGGAUGGAACACUCAGGGCAAGAUGAAUGGUUUCUUUAA